AACUUCCCUCCGCCCCGCGCUGCCCCUCUUAACUCCACGCCCACACAUUGCAUUUCGCUUCAACGUCCGUCCUCUCCUCCCCAUAGCCAUUCUCACAAGCUUCCCCAGCUAGCUCCUGCUAGGUACGCUCGUAGUGCGCGCGGUACAGCCCUCCCUUCUCCUCCUACCCAGAAAUCUAUCUGGUUAAGCUAGCUAGCUACCGUGUGUCCUCCUCGCUUGCACCCGUCGUCCAUGACUCCGCUCGCCGGCAGCCUGCCCGCACGGUGGCCAUGAGACGACCUCGCGCCGCCACCGCCGCCUUCGUCGUCCUCCUCCUGUGGCUCGCCGCUCUCACCUUCGCGUCCCGCGGCUGCCCCGGCUGCGAAAGCUUGCUCGGCGACCGGACCUCCGUCUCUCUGCCAAGGAAGAUGCUCCUCGCCGUGGAGACCCUCGACGUCUCCUCGGCGUCCACCUCUGCUCGACCGCAGGAUCGGCAACGGCAUCAUCAUCAUCAUCACCAGCACCACCAUCAUCAGCACCAUCCCCAGGGUAAAUGGAACUGGCAGGGAAUUCCACCAUCCGCCGCUGCAAACGGCGGCGAUGCCCGGUUCGGCGCGGAGAAGAGGCUGGUGCCGACGGGCCCAAAUCCCUUGCAUCACUGAGAGGUCGAUCGACGGACCUCAUGCAUGGCCCGGCCGCGCUAAUUCCAUGGCGAUUGAUUGAUUUGCUGGUGAGUGGCGCGCUCGCACCGUCUUCUUGUGUUGGUUGAGUCUGCCCAGUACGUAGUGGUAUUCUUUGAUUGUGGAUCGAUCGAUGAUGCAGAGAGCACAUAAUCGCUGUGAUCGUUCGCCGCAGUGUUUCUUCAUGUGCCCAUUCUGAUGCAAAACUACAUGCAGAGAGAGGGAGAAAAAAAACCCAAAAUUUUACUAGCUAUAUAGUACAUACUACAAAUUGUGUUGUGGAGGAUCCGUUUCUUGUUUCUUCUUAUUUUCUACUGCUGCUUUGUUCA